CUUCAACAUGAUUUAGAGAAACAUAACGUUUAUUUUAAAGAUUUUCAAAUUCGAUUAUCGACUGCAACAUGCGCGCCAACCUAUACUUUUUCCUUUGUAUUGGCUAUCUGAUUGUAAUAAUUAAUGUUCUCAACACAACUAUCUCCAAUGACAAUCGUUUUCGUGGGUAAUGUUCGAUUAUCAUGAGCGACAUGUCUCAAUCAGGUUAGAAAAUGAUUGUAACAUCCGAGUCGCGUGUAAGCCAAAUUUCAAACGAAUGUAAAAAAGUAAAGUAUACGCGCGAUUUCGCGUCCUAUGAUCAAUAACAAUCACCAGGACAAAUAUCAAAAUCCAAAUGCCUCUAAGUUCGAGGAAUUGUCCUCACAUCGCCAAUCGUUGUGAUCUCGCAUUUAUCGAGACUGUUGUGUCUCAAAAGGAAAGGUUUACAAAAUGUAGUGAAUGUGAUGCAGGCGGGCCUAAUUUAUGGUUAUGCCUGUUUCCUGAUUGCCUUUGGGUCGGGUGUGCUGAAACACAUUUGGACCACAGCACUGUACACAACCAAAAAAUUCCUUCUCAUUGUGCUCAUAUGAAUCUUUCUACAAAUCGUAUAUGGUGUUAUGCUUGUAAAAGGGAAGUAAUAACAAGGCAUGUACCAUCACCACCACGAUCACCUACACAAAUAGAUAUUAAAACACAAAGUAACAAGUUUGCUGGUGAUGCACCUGUUAAUAUAGAUUGUAAAACAGAUGAUCUUAAUAGACUUAUUUUGGAUAAGUUUUAUGGUGAACUUAUAAAUAGAGUUAAUUAUGAGAAAGAUGGGCUGUUUAAUGAAAAAUCUGGAGAUUCACCGGAUAGUACGGAUUCAGAUGAAAGCAAAGAUUUUAAUGGGAAACCAAGAGGUCUUGUUGGCCUUCAAAACAUUGGCAAUACAUGUUAUAUGAAUGCUGCGCUUCAAGCUUUAUCAAAUGUACCUCCAUUGACUCAAUUCUUUUUGGAUUGUGGUCAUAUGGUUAGCUAUAUGUCCAAAGAUAGAAAACCUGGUCUAAGCCUAAGCUAUUUAAACCUUAUUCGAGAUAUGUGGAACAGGAAAACAAGGGGAUAUGUUGUACCCCAUGGAAUAUUGUCUGGUAUAAGAACAGUUCAUCCAAUGUUUAGAGGAUACCAUCAACAUGAUACUCAAGAAUUUCUAAGAUGUUUUAUGGAUCAGUUACACGAAGAAUUGAAAGAACAUAUCGAAGAUGAUCGUGAUAAUGCUUUAAGAUUAAAAGGGCUAGGAGAGCAGUCGUCAGACGAGGAUGAAACUGAAAUUGAUGGAAACGGUUCUAGCCAAUCUGACGCCGAGUAUGAAACUUGUGAUUCUGGAGUAAGCGAACAAAGUUCUCUUAGUGAUGAAGGUGAACGUGGUACAAAACGUAGAUAUUCUCGCGUAUCUCAGUCGGAAAAGCUGAGAAGUAAAUUUACGAAUAGAAGUAUAAAAAAGUCAACCGUAGAUCAACCGUUUUCUCAACCGCAGAGAUCAACGCAAAAUUCACCUGUUAAGUAUAGAACGAAGAAACAAAUGAAAACACGAAGUAUCAUUAGCGAUAUAUUCGAUGGUAAACUGUUAAGUAGCGUACAAUGUCUAACGUGCGAUAGGAUUUCAACGAGAGUAGAAACUUUUCAAGACUUAUCAUUACCCAUUCCAAGUAGAGAUCAUAUUGAUAUGUUACAUCAAGGAUCUCUAACUCCACAGAAGGCUGGACCAUGUUCAGAUGUUGUAUAUGUAACAAAUCAGUCUGGCUGGUUGUCUUGGUUCUUGCAAUGGAUGCGCUCUUGGUUUUGGGGGCCGGUUGUUAGCCUUCAUGACUGUCUUUCUGCAUUUUUUAGCGCAGACGAACUUAAAGGAGAUAAUAUGUAUAGUUGUGAAAAGUGUAACAAGCUGCGUAACGGAAUUAAAUUUUCCAAAGUUUUAGAAUUACCAGAAAUACUAUGCGUUCAUUUAAAAAGGUUUCGUCACGAACUAAUGUUUAGUUCGAAAAUAGCGAAUUACGUUUCAUUUCCAUUAGAAGGUUUAGAUAUGCGACCGUAUUUGCACAAAGAAUGUGUAUCGAAAGUAACAAUGUACGACUUGAUAUCGGUUAUUUGUCAUCAUGGAACAGCUGGUGGUGGGCAUUAUACUUGUUAUGCAUUAAAUCCUAUUGUUAAUAAGUGGUUUGAGUUUGAUGAUCAGUGUGUCACUGAAGUUUCACCAGAAACAGUAAAACAUUGUGAAGCGUAUGUGUUAUUUUAUAAGAAGUGGUCACCAGAAAUGUUGCAGUUACGUGAUAAAACUAUGGAGUUGAUGGAGAUUUCAUCUAGAGAAUUAUCCGAUUUAAAUUUCUUUGUAUCGCGGCAGUGGAUAAAUCGUUUUAACACAUUUUCAGAACCAGGACCUAUAGAUAAUUCAGACUUUCUUUGUCCACAUGGUGGUGUUAAUCCUGUUAGAGCACAGUUUGUAGAUAAGCUUAGUAUGCCUAUUCCACAAGCAGUUUGGGAAUAUUUGUAUAAUACAUUCGGAGGUGGUCCAGCAUGUACACAUUUGUAUGAAUGUCCGAUUUGUGAAGAAAAGUAUGAAUCAUUACAAAAAAGGAGACAAUACGAAAUGGAAGUAUUUCAACGAUUAAAUCACAAUACAGAUAAUCCUACUGCUAUUUAUGGGUUGGCUAUGGCUUGGUUAAGACAAUGGCAAAGUUUUGUACGCGGUAAAGAGACACAGCCACCCGGACCAAUCGAUAAUAAUUCUAUUAUAAUAAAUAAAAAUGGGCAAAACAUUCUUAAAGUUGGCUCAGAUUAUGGACAAAUACCAGAGGAACUCUGGCAAUUUUUCGUAACAACAUACGGUGGAGGACCAGAAUUAAUGUUGCAUUCAUGUCAAAGACCUGUUUCCGUUCAGUCUAACGUACCAUUACAUUCCACUGUAAAUUCGAAUCUAGAUCAGAAUUAUAAGUCCAAUCGCACAGAAAGUAAGUCUAAUAAACUAUGUAUGACUAGGAGUUCUGAAACGGUUUUACAACAAGAUAGUGCUAUUGAAAGUUUAACUUCUGAUAGUGAUUCUCAUCAAACACAAAGGGAUGUCACCGAGUAAAUUAAUUACUUCAACAUCUUAUGGUUAUAUAUAUAAUAUAUAUAUAAAUUAACACUUUCACAUGGACAGUAAAGUUAUGGAUGGUAUCCUAACACAAAGGAAUCAAUUUCUAAUUGUUAUGUCCUAGCCGUGUUACAGAUUAUUGUUAGAUUUGUAAAACAAAGAUAUCUUCUUCGAUAUAACUAUUUACACUGUACAAUAAGUAAAUGAUAUAAAAAUUUUCGAGCAUCUCGAGAUAUUCGCUAAUGUGUUUCGUUUUUUGUUACUACGUGCAAUUUUAAUGUAAAUUUGUGGGUAUUACGUGUAUUCGAUGGGAAGUUAGUACAAAAAUUUUGGUAUCUAUGAGUGUAUUAUUUAAAAUCAAAUAUUCAGCUAUAUAUUUUGCCUGAGUCGGUAAUGUACCAUUAGUACUCCGACUUCGAUAUGAAAUUUUAACACUUCCUCUUUGUACGCUUACUGUAAUGUCUGUGUGUCUUUGCUGCAUAUACAAAAUAUUGUCACAAUACUGUAAAAUAUAACAUAUUUCUUGGUUUAUAUGCGUCUAUUAAAACAAAAAGAAUAUAUAUAUAUAUAUUAUACAUAAUAUGCAUAUAAGUGGAAGACUGAAAAUCUAAACGAACUUAAUUUAGCAGAAAUUUUUUAGUUACUGUUGGUGAAAUAUACCAAUCAAAAUCCUAUCGCAACAAAAUUUUACAGAACAAUAGUAACGUUAUACAUGCUUUGUACUGUAGAAAAUUUAGUAGACAAUUUUCAAUAUCUACUUGCAAUCACUUGUAGUAUAAUUAAUUUGUAAAUUCAUUAAUAUAUAAAUUUAUUAAUGUCUUUAUAAUGAAACUUAGAGGAAAAAAGCAUUUCUUUCGUUGUUGUGAUCUCACGGCCUUGAAAUGUUACCAGAAUUGUAUGCAGUAUAGUGUAACGACAUGUUCAUAUUGUAUGCGAGAAACUGUUUGUUUGAGUGUUACUAUAAUUUCAAUUACAAACGCAGGGACACAAACGAUUGUACAGUUAAUAUUAAUUAUUAAUGAUCGUUGUGAAAAGUAACAUACCUAAGAUAAAUAAUAAACAAGUUGGUUUCUUUAUUUAUUAAAA